AUGAGUUAUCCAAUGGGAGAUGAUGCACAAUCUGCCCAAGAUGAAGAAGACCGUGAAGGUGAGUUGCUCUGCUUGAAGAUCAAAGCCCAGUUGGAGGAUUUGUUCUCCGACAGCCACCUGGCAGAGGACGGCUUCCUGCUGAAACACGUGCAGAAGAACAAACAGGGCUACGUCAGUCUCAAGCUCCUCACUUGUAUGAAAAAGAUAAAGGCCCUGACCACAAACUGGUACAUGACUCUGGCGGCAGCAGAGUACUCAAACGUUGUGGAGGUGAAUGAUGAAUGCACAAAAGUGAGGCGGAUAAAGCCACUUCCCAAAUGGCUGCUAUGCUCUCCCACAAGCAAGCUCCUUCUCACCUGGAACAUUUGUGAUGAGGAAGCCGAAGAAGAUGGAGCAGCCCGAGGCCUGGAGCACCCUUCAAUCUUCGAGAACCUCCUCGAGAAGUUUUCUGCUCAUGGCUGCGUUGCCUCAUUCUGGAUCCUGCAUCCUGGCAAAGAGCUUCCCAAGGAGCUGCAGUGCUACGCCAAGCGUCACAAAGAGCUCGGCCAACAUUUGUGUGCAGUGGUGAAGUUUGAUCAUCUGGAGGCAGUUCGGAAGGCUUACAGUCGUCUGAAAGAAGAAGAGGCGAAGUCGAACGGGGAGGGCAUAUGUGUGGUGCCUUUGGGAUUCCAGUCGAUGCACCACAACACCGAGGACGAACCAUCAGAGGGAAACAACAAGGACCAACCUGAAACAUCCCAGGAAAAUCCACUUGAAACCUCAGAGGAUUCAAUCCAGGAGGAACCCUCUUCACCAGCUAAAGAAUCUAUUGAGACUCAAGACACAUCUCAGCCCCAAGAGUCUGUGGAUAACUCCAAAGAGACUUCUGAGCAGAUCUCCACCAGCGGUUGUGGCCAGUCCUUCUCUGGUUUGAAUCAGAGGUAUGGUAGGAGGAGUUGGUGCUCUGGAGACUGUGAUAAAGAUAAUUCUCAGAGCCCCUGGGUGCUCAGGCGCAAAUUUGCGGCCAGUAUAUUAAACCCCAAGGUGGCCGGGGACCUGAAUGCGCCCUGCUUGAUGCAAAGAGUGCUGCGUCAGCCCUUCGGUCCUGACAGCACCAAAGGCUUUCAGGACAGAGGGAAGCCGCUGCAGCAGGAACUGAUCAAACUCUCCCUUGCAUUGAGUAAUACCACCUGUGCUGAAUAA